AUGGUGGACGAGAAAGUUAUUGUCGAUGACGACAGACUGGAACCCUCAGUCGAUGGCGGGUUCGCUUUGGAGCUAGCAGAUCUUGACGAUCAGCUUCUGGAGAUUGCGAAAGAGGAGGCGAAGAUUGCAAAGAAGCAGCUGGAGAGCAAGAGGCGCAAACUCUUGCUGGCACAACAGCUCAAGUCAUCCACGAACAUACGACCUCGCGGAGAUGCCCGUCCGGCGGCACAAACUACUACGAGGGGCACGAAGCGCACCCUUGACGCUGUUGAUGAUACCCGUCGAACAGUCGAAAGCAAACGAAUGAAGACUGAGCCCGGCAUUGAGAGGCCAGUAUUGACAAUGUUCAACUUCAUCGACCUGACAACACCACCUCCGCCGGAGAUCGCAACCCCAGAAGUGCCACGAAGGCCCACAAUCAGCUACGCUGAGUCUCCCGGCUCAAAUUAUGCCGAUCAGGAGGCGAUGGUCAUGCUCAAAUCUCAGCACAAGUACACACCCAUCAACAUCGACUACCCCAGCAUAUGUAGGAUGCCCGACGGAUCACUCGCCGAACUCCGCUGCUUUCACUGCGGUGCAAAUGCCGCCUACCGUAAAGGCGAUCCAUUCUGGCUCGAAGCGGGCGCCAGCUUGCACAGACACUACAUCACACACCGGGAAUUCUACGCAAGAAACAAGCUCAACGAGAAGGAGAUGAUGCAGCGGAGUGUCUACAAGACGCUGAGCAACGCGGAGGUCACGGCUGUGACUUGCAAUACCGGUCCGAAAUACAUCAUUGAGCCGGUCUUUGACCAGCACUCGCAAGCGCAUUUUCGAAAGCGGGAUGCUGUCGAGAAAGAGCGUAGAGUCCAGUCCAGUCCGACACCGACUCUGAGCAUUGAUGAAGACGACGAUGACGAGAAUGACAGCAAACCAUUGGUUGAUCGUUGGAGAGCUGGGAUGAAGAUUCCGAUGGCGCAGCACAUGGGCGGCAUGGACAUGCCAUCGAUUGACAGUCCUGUCAAGGCGGCCAGGAAGUCUGCUCCCGGAGGCGGAGGUCUGGUAAAUAUGUGGCAGCGUUCAGCGAGGAAGUGA